GGCGGCGCGGUGGCGCACUGUGCGCGCGGAGCAGGCGGAGGGCUAGCGCCGGCGGCGACAGCAGCAGCGCGGGCAGUCAAAGCAGGCAGUGGCUUCUUCGCAGCACCCACAGUCCCGGCGGCCUUGGUGGCGGGGACCUUUCGCUCUGUUCUCGGUCCCUCGUUCCGCCACUGGGGCAGGCGCAGCGGCUGUCCCGGAAGAGGCAUCUGGAAGACAGUCUAACAAGACCCCCGAGAGAGGGCAGCGGGGCUCGAAGAGUUGGUAGGCGUGAGGCACAUAGCCAGGAGAGAAGGAGCGGGUCGUUGUGGUCCCCAUUCUUGGGUCCCAGCGAUGGGGGUGCAGCGCGGGCCGCGGGAACUUUGAAGGCAGCAGGUCUCGGGGUCUGAGAGUUGGAAGCCCUUUGGGGACUCCUGAUUCCCUCAGCCCUCACACCAGUGGCAGAAGCCCCUUCGCACCCGCCGCGGCCCCUGAACGGCCAGAGAGGAAGUUCUCUGCAACUUCGUCCGAGACGUCCGAGACGUCGGAGACUGAGAGAAGCAGAGAGAGAAAGGACCUGGUGGAGACUGAGGGGUCGAAGGGCGACCCCAGAGGCACCGAGGCCGCGGAAUCAGCCUGGCAUCCCGCGGGCCGCGCUGCUCCCUGAGUGAAGCUAAGGGCCGUGUGUUCGGGUGGCCUCUUCAAAGCUCCUUCUAUCGGGGGCCGGGGUCUCCUAGCCGUCCCGGAGGUGGGCCCCUAUGCUAUGUCCCCGAAGCCGCGGGCGCCUUGGCCGCAGCUACUCCGGUGUGGGCCGGGAGCCGCCGCUUGAGCCAGCCGGGGAGCGAAGCCAGCCAGAGUUGGGCGCCCGCUCCCAGACGGACUGCGCUUAGCGCCGUUUCCCGCCUCUCCACCCGACUCUCGGCGAUCUUCGGCAGGGAGGCUCGGAAAAAGACCCCAAGGCUCCAGCAGUGUUUUCUGAGCUCAGCUCACACGGUGUCCGGCCUGGUGGCGAGGCUCCCUAGCCGCCCUGGGCAGCCCUUUGGCGCCAGGAGGCGGCGGCGUGGGCCGGCCUGGAGUCUGGAGCGCCCCGAUGGAAAUACACUGUAAGCACGACCCGUUUGCAUCCAUGCAUAGACAUGGAGGAGUGAAUCAGCUUGGGGGGGUUUUUGUGAAUGGACGGCCACUCCCGGAUGUAGUCCGCCAAAGGAUAGUGGAACUUGCUCAUCAAGGUGUCAGGCCCUGCGACAUCUCCAGGCAGCUUCGGGUCAGCCAUGGUUGUGUCAGCAAAAUUCUUGGCAGGUAUUAUGAGACAGGAAGCAUCAAGCCUGGGGUAAUUGGAGGAUCCAAACCAAAGGUCGCCACACCCAAAGUGGUAGAAAAAAUUGCUGAGUAUAAACGCCAAAAUCCUACCAUGUUUGCCUGGGAAAUCAGGGACCGGCUGCUGGCAGAGCGAGUGUGUGACAAUGACACGGUGCCCAGCGUCAGUUCAAUCAACAGGAUCAUCCGGACAAAAGUACAGCAGCCCCCCAACCAACCGGUCCCAGCUUCCAGUCACAGCAUAGUGUCUACAGGCUCUGUGACGCAGGUGUCGUCGGUGAGCACGGACUCGGCUGGCUCGUCAUACUCCAUCAGCGGCAUCCUGGGCAUCACAUCCCCCAGCGCUGACACCAACAAACGCAAGAGAGAUGAAGGUAUUCAGGAGUCUCCGGUGCCCAACGGCCACUCACUUCCAGGCAGAGAUUUCCUCCGGAAGCAGAUGCGGGGAGACCUGUUCACACAGCAGCAGCUAGAGGUGCUGGACCGCGUGUUUGAGAGGCAGCACUACUCGGACAUCUUCACCACCACAGAGCCCAUCAAGCCAGAGCAGACUACGGAAUAUUCAGCUAUGGCCUCGCUGGCUGGAGGGCUGGAUGAUAUGAAGGCCAACCUGACCAGCCCCACCCCUGCUGACAUUGGAAGCAGUGUGCCAGGCCCACAGUCCUACCCCAUUGUGACAGGCCGCGACUUGGCGAGCACGACCCUCCCUGGGUACCCUCCGCACGUCCCCCCCGCUGGACAGGGCAGCUACUCCGCACCGACGCUGACAGGGAUGGUGCCUGGAAGUGAAUUUUCUGGGAGUCCUUACAGCCACCCUCAGUAUUCCUCGUACAACGACUCAUGGAGGUUCCCCAACCCGGGGCUGCUUGGUUCUCCCUAUUAUUACAGUGCUGCUGCCCGAGGAGCUGCCCCACCUGCAGCCGCCACUGCCUAUGACCGUCACUGACCACUGGAGCCAGGCAGGCGCCAAGCACUUAUGACACAUAUCACUGAGGGAGAUAGCCUCCCGCCUCCCACCCCAACAGUAAGAGGGGCCCAACAAGACCAUACACACGCACCCCUGCCCUGUAUACCUGAAACUCUCUCCCCUUUCCUGCCAAGGACUUGGGCUCCAUGGUAGAGCUGUUGGAUUUCUGGACCCUUGUCCAUUUCAAGAGUCAAUCGAUCAGCUUCUUUAAAUGGUGAUAGGGUCUCCGCAAACCAACAGUCUCUUCUGUAGACCACUGAGCCCAGCCCAACCCAGCGUGCCAGUCCCCCAUCUGACCAUCUGUUCAUCUAAGCACCACAAGCCUAGGAAGGAAAGCUAGCUUCUGUUGCUUCAACAACACCCAUGUAAAUACCUUCUUGCUUCUCUGUGGGGCUGAGGGUCCCACUGAGCAGACUGCCCGCCCCACGAUGCAUCCUGAUCCUGUACUCAUUGUAUGUCACAGGGCAUCUUCGACCUGGGCACAGGUGCCCACUCUGCCCUGGGUGUCCCUGUCAGGUGAGCUUGUAAGCUAUCCUUGAGACUGAGUACCAUAGCCUCUUGCUCAUCCCUACUUCUGUAAUGCCUAGGAGACUCAUGGGGCUACAAGCUGCCCCAGAGAUUUCCUAACCACCCAGAAGAAUAUACCUAGGGGAGAUGCCCAGGCUUCCAGCCUCCAUUUCCCCGGGGCCACUGCAGCCUGAGCUGCUCUUUUCCAGACUGAAGGACUCAAAGAGAACUAUCUGGAAGGUUCUCCACUGUCAUUCAAAAGUAAGAGGUCAUCCAAGUGCUGAUGGCAUCAUGGACUUUGACUGUCAGACUGGGUGGAAUCAGGAGUUCAUCUGAUCCGGCCAAGGAGGAGGGUCUGAUGCUCUCCCAACCUCCUCAGCCCCAGGAGCCACUGAACUGAACCAGAAUGGUUUCUGGGGCAUGCACAGGCUCAUGGACACCCACCAUGGAUACUUCAUGCACCCCUAGGACCCCAGCAAGUGGAUUCUGGGCAAGACUGUUGCAGUGAUACAGUGAUGACAAAAAGGACUUUCUCCUGCACCGAGAACCACCACAUCCUACAGGCAUCAGUCAGCGCUUCUGAGCUGCUUCUUGGGCCAGCCAUCCCAGUUCCCAUGGAGCUGAGUGUGUAGCUAGGCAUGGGGGUGCUGGGCUGGGGGGCGAGGGAGUGCCUAACCUCACAUAUAGUACAGGGCUACUUGUUGGUACAAGGGACCAAGAUAGUCACCGUGAGUGACUCUGACCAGAGGAAGCCACCAGGGAAGAUAUGGGUGACAGAGUAAGGCCUCAUGGAUGUGUCAUGACAAGCACAAGGAACCAGUGUAUGACCUGGGAAUGGUUUUGACAUAGGGGUGCCAGGCACCCCUAUCUUUUCACCUGAGGUCUCUGUUCCUCGUGCAGACUCUCUUGCCAACAUUAUCCAAACCCCUGGCUUAAUGACAGCAGCCACAAUGGGCUUAAUUAUCUCUGUGUGACAAUGUCCCUGGUAUCUAUUCAGAGAACUAGGGUAGAGAGAGCCUGGCCAUUGGAUCAUCAGACCCGGCAGGUCUUAUCCUGGCUGGCCAUACCGCUGCUUUACUGUAGAACCUCAGACUGGGCCCUUUACCUUUCUGAGCCUUCACUGCCUGGGUACUAUAGGAUCACCUGACCACUGUCUCCCCUCUUUCUCCCUCCCAGCCACUGGGGCUGUAGCAGGAUGGUCUGGGACGAGUCCUCCAUUUCCGAGUAAGUGACUGCUAAUGUUAAGAUCAAAAAGACCCAGGCCAGCUCCUUGAGGGAUACUGAUUCCCAUCUCAGAGAAGCCUUGUAGGGAGGUAGAGCAGACCUCCUGUGGCCACCCCCCCCAAAUGUUUUGUUCCUCAGAGCUAUUAUGAAGUGGAGGGAUAGAAGAGGAAAUUGAGGCUCAGCAAAGUGGAGUCCCCAAGCAGUGAGUGGCAGAAGUGGGAGUUGGAACUUAGCCCCUAACCUGCAACACAUGGUGAUCCCUGUCACCUCAUCUACCUACUCUUACUCUAGGGGGGAAGUUGACAGUGAGGGCAGCAGGAGAUGGUUCCAGGCCCGAUGCUCCAGACUGGGUGUCUGGGCUGUCAGAACUGCCCAGAAUCCUUGUCACCACCAGUGUGGCCCAAUGAGCUUAGGGCAGGCACACUGCACCAGUAAACUGCUAGGCAACAAAGGGAGGUAGCUGGGUCCAGUGUCCAUUUCCAAAGCUGGGCUGAACUGGCACCAGCUUCUACCUACCAGGUGAGAUAGAAGAAGGUGCAUUACCUGGCUCCUCCUUCCUUCCUCUUCCCUCUAACAGGACAUGGUAGAGUUGGGGGUCUUCAGCACAGGCCUCUUAGGCCCCCUGCCCCUCAUCUCUUAGAAUGGUGUGCACCUACAUCUUUGGAUGCUGGUUCUUAUAGUUUCAGCAGCCUAAGGUGCACACUACCCUUCUGCAAAGUCCACCUGGCCCUACCCAGCCCCAUCUCUAUCCUGCCUCAAUCUUGCCCCUUGGUGAGCUCCUUCCAUACAUUUCCCCCUCUCUCUUAAAGCUUGAACUCAGAUUGGAUUUGUAUCUAUUAGACAACCACAUGGUUCCUGGGCUGCCAGGCAGAAGCACAAGAGCACACAGAGGCACGUGGAUGUUCUUGAACAUGCACAUGUUCUCUCAUUGACUCAGCUACUGAGCUGCCCAGCACAGCUGCCUGGGGGUUUGCUGAGGAGAGUUCCAAAGGAUGAAUAGAUGCCAGAGAAUUCUUGAACAGCAAACACAAGUCUGGGGCUUCACCAGCAUCGUGGCAGGAGGCCUGGGGCCAUUCCUCCAUGGGUCUUCAGCCCCAGAGUCCAGCUCAGACUUUUUGAAAAAGAACAUUUCUAUAUCAUUAAUAUAGCUCCAGCCUGGAGAAAUUGGAUGCUUUCUCAAACCCAUGAUCUCUUUCCAUAUUCAUGGAAAUGCCCUGGUUAGAGUAAACACUUUAGUAACGGAUGUUGGUACAAUAUAAUUCAGGGUGCUCAUUUUACAGAUGGGCAGAUUCCCAUUUGGGGGCUCACUAGGUCAUCUAGAGAUGAAAUCUCUGAUCCCCAGGCUCCAUUCCAUCCCCACAGAGCUGCACUCCUGUCAUGGGAAUUUAGGGUUUGGAGACACUCACUACUCAGUCUUCUAGCAAACCCCCAGCCCCACAAUGAGGAAAGAAAGAACAGAGGGGCCUGGGGGUGGAUGGCCUUGCUGAUCUUGAACAAUACCCAUGAACAUGGAAAGCUGAAGCCUUUGCUCCAAUUCACACCAUGACUGCUAAGAUUUUAUCCUCAGUCCAUCCUGGCUGCACUCUGAGGCUCAGUGGAGGGUGGAGCUUGACCAGGUCCAUGCCAUAUCCUUGCCAGGGCCUGGACAGGGCCACCUUUGACUCUCACAGUGCACGUGGCAGCAGAGCUUUCUUUUUUCUCUGCCCUUUCUGCUUUGGAACUGACCAUGACAAUAGGCAGGGCUUCUGGAGCUCAGGCUUGUGAUGCCUGAAGAUUCCAAAACCACAGAUCUUAAUCUCAAAGGCUCCCAACUAACUGCUUUCUUGGCCAAUGGGUGGUGUGGGUUUACCCUCUGGGCAGGACAUGGGGCAGCAUGGCACAGUGGGGCCCAAAACAUCCAAAUGUGACCCUGCCACUGAGUGGCAUCCAAGUGUGAAAACCUUGAAAACACUAUCAGCAGAAGAAAACAAUAUGUAAGCGCCAAAUCUGGCCCACAGGCCACCAGCUUGUGACCUUCCCUUAACCUCUGCAGGCGGUACCUUUCUGCCUCACUUACUUUGUUCCUCAGUGCACAUUUGCAGGAGAUGGGAGCACAGGUGAGAGAUGGGCUCCCAACUGUCCACAAAGUCAGCGGCAGAUACAGGCAAACCCAGGAUUCACGCAGGACUCUUGCAAAGCAGUUGGGUUUCAGAAGUAGGUGGGGGUGCAACAGUAUUUGUGGUGGGACAUGGGGUACUAUGCAGAGAAGAGCCCCAGAUGUCAUUACUGGGCACUGAGGGGUGAAAUCCUUUUUUGAGGAGUCACAUCCUAGAGUGCCUGUCCUGGCUCCAGCAGCCUUGGCUCCAGCCACUCCCGUGUGGAUGACAUUUCAGCUAGAAUUUAGCUCUAAACAUGGGGAGCAAAUCUUAAAAACAAACACACCCAACAAAUACCUGGAAAUAGGCUGUAUCUCAGCUACAGCUUCUUGGGAGGGCGGAGAAAAACCCAGGU